AUGGCCGAGAAAGCGUCCGGGGCGCGGACGGUGGAGGGAGCGCCCAGAGAUUUGGUCCGUGGCGGGUUCCAGCCGCGCCUUCCGACUUCGCUGCCGCCCCCAGGGCAGCAGCAGCAGCCGUCGCCGCUACCACGCCGACAGCCCGUCCCGUUGAUGCCUCCCGCGCAGCUUCAUCCGGGAGCGCCCCAGGUGGUCGCUCCGGCGCCUGCGGUCCCGCUUCAGUCGCCACCGCCUUCUGAGCUGAUGGACAUCGACCCCUCAGCCGGGCCGCCUUCCCAAGCGGUGGCUGUGCAGCCUGUACUGCAGCCGCUUUCCUUGGGCACCCCCAAGGAGUUUGACACCGCAGCGCCUUGUCCGGCGCCCACUCAGCAGCCGUCGACGCAGCGUCAGGAGACGCUGCCUCUCUUCGUGGGUCCCGACGCCCCGUCGCGUCCAGUACCAGAAGCUGCGCCCGUGGUCACAGGCGUGCACCCUGACCUCGGUUUUCAGUCGGUGUUUCCCGAGGCCCCACGCAGCCAAUGCUGGGGUGCGGACCGGGGACUGCCACCGACAACAGUCUCCGCCCCGGUCUCUUCUGCUACGCCUGCGGCCAGACCCCUCCCCCGCCGUCGACGCUCGCCACGUCAUUAUUCAACGACGGUGCGGUGA